GCUGCCUGAAAAUGACAGCAACAGCUAAAACCUUUCACGAGUUUUACUGUAGGUUAUAUAACAAUCCACCUAGCGUAAGAAAGGAAAUCUACGCCAGAAUCGAGUAGGAAGUCCUGUCGGCCUCAUGCCUGUCUUCAGUGAAACAGGAAAACAGGGAUAGGAAGCUGGUUUCCAAUAAAAAUGUCUAACCAAAAGCUGGAGAAGCAUGUAGCUUCAAAAACACAAACUGUUAUCUUCAUCACGUACAUAAUUGCUGCACUGGAGAUAACCUGGAUGUUCGUCCAGUUUUCUAUUACACCUUACUUGGCCAAAAGGCUGGGUUUCGACACAAUCUGGUUUGGGUAUCUGCAGACCACAGUGGGAGUCAUUCAGCUUUUGGGAGGACCUGUGUUUGGCAGGUUUGCCGAUCUGUUUGGAGCGCGGGCUGCGUUGACCAUGUCCUGCGUGGCAUCGGUGGUAUACUUCCUGCUCCUGGGCAUUGCCAGCAGUGUGCCCCUGCUCUUCAUCCACAAGCUGCCUGCUGUCUUUAUGCACAUCCUACCAGGAGCCCAGAUGGUGGUGACUGACCUGUCGGAGCCCGAGCGGCGAGCUGACGCCUUGGCAAAGCUGGGCCUGUGCUUUGGCAUCGGCAUGAUUGUGGGCUCCUCGCUGGGGGGCGCUCUCAGCACACACUACGGGGAAUCUUUUGCAGCAUUUGUGGCAGCCGGUGGAAGUCUUGUCAGCACUAUCCUUGUUCAGAAAUUCAUUCCUAAACAUACUAAAAACCAGGCUGGAGUGCAGAGUCUCACUGACAAGAAGGCUGGGACUGGCUCAGUGUUUAACCUGAGUGAAAUCACACGGCUCAUGAAAUUCCCUGGAGUCCGCAAAACCUUUGCAGUCAAGAUCAUAUCAGGAGUGCCCCAAGGUGUCUUUCAGGUGAUGUUCUCCAUCAUCGCCAUGGACUUCUUCCAGCUGCAGGCUGAGCAGACUGGCUACCUCAUGGCCUAUUUUGGGGUCGUUCAGAUGGUCAUACAGGGUGCUGUGAUUGGAAGGAUGACAGCUAAGUAUUCUGAAAGCACACUGCUCCUGCUGUCCAUUAGCAUCACAAGCCUGGUGGGAUUGGCACAGGCCUUCAUGUUCAAUGUGAUCCAGUUUUGCUUCAUUGUAAUUCCAAUGAUGUACUCAUUAAGCACAUUCAAUGUCAUCACUGACAGCAUGCUGACAAAGAGUGUUCCUGCCUCUGACUCAGGUACAAUGUUGGGAUUGUGUGCAUCCGUCCAGUCCUUCCUUCGCACUAUUGGGCCCACUAUAGGAGGAUUCCUCUACCAGAACUAUGGUGUCUCUUCGUUUGGCCACAUUCAGUUUGGUGUCAAUUUACUGCUCUUCUUCUACCUCAUGAAAAGUGGCAUUCAAAAACCAGAACAGCGUCAGGGAUGAACUCCUACACAGACAGAAGACUGACAACGUGAAAAAGUCAUUCCGAAUUCACAGGAGAGUAAAGAGUUCAAAUCAGAGCAAGAGCAAGCCAUUACAAGAGCUUUACCAUGCAGUCCUGAAUUGGCAGAUAUAUGUGUGAGGGCACUCAAAAUCUGAUAUAUAUUAUUGUCUGCCAAUCACAGGAUUCCUUCAUCAUGAAGGAGUCGAUCAUACAGUAUCUCAGCUCUUUCCUGUCAUUCUCCCUUCAGACAACCCAAAUAAUUCAUUAAACAUCUGUACUGCUAUUGACUUCAUUUACUGCUACAGUUUAAAAAUGUGGUGGCCACACAUUGUGUCUGUAGCAUAACUGGAAUUUCUUCAGCCACAAGCAGAAUUCCUCAGAAUAAGAUAACAAUCCAGACAGAAUAAAGAGCAUGGAGAAAUGUCAUGGAGUUCAACGUAUGCAGUAUAAAGGAAAAUGCAUUGAUUACACUUUUAAUUUAGGUCAGCUACUAUGAAGCAGUGAGAAUUUUAAAUGUCUAGCAAAUAAAUAAUAUAUGUGAAGAUAUAAUUCUGAGAUUUCUAAUUUCAGUAGCAAGAUAAAAUACAGCCUAGCAUUUACGUUUUUUUUUCUAUCACCCUAGUUUUGUGUUUGUGAUAGUCAGAAUUAAUUAGGUUAGAUUUCUUUUCAAAAUCUAUUUUCUUUUUGAAGUGUUAGAAGUUCUUAUUUUGAAAAAAUUUUUAAUUACAUUUUGUACUGAAGAUAUGG